AUGGCAGUUGUUGCACGUCCUAGAUUUGACGCUAAUGGAGUUGAGUUAUUUUUGGGAAAAAUAGGAAUUUUUCCAUUUGUAGUUAAGGAACCAGCCAAACGGAAUAGCAAAAAUCGAACAACAGGAACUAUUGAAACAAAACCAAUUUUAUCGGUGACUAAAGAUAUCACAAGAGCUUGUUUGAUAGAGAAAGUUCUUCCAGCCAUUCGAUCAAAAUGGCCAGCUUCAACGUCAAGGUCACCCAUUUUCAUCCAACAAGAUAAUGCAAGACCACAUAUUGGUGUUAAUGAUUUGGAAUUCAUGGGCGCCGCUCAACGGGAUGGAUUUGAUAUUAAGUUAUGCUUUCAACCCCCUAAUAGUCUUGAUCUUAAUGUUUUGGACCUUGGAUUUUUUAGAGCAAUUCAAUCUCUUCAAUAUCAAAAUGCUCCUUCAAAUGUUGAUGCAUUAGUGGAGGUUGUUGAAAAAUCCUUCAAUGAAAUGAAAGUAGAACGACUCAAUCAUGUAUUUUUGACUUUGCAAUGCUGUAUGAAUGAGGUGAUGAAAGAUAGCGGUGGCAAUAACUACAAAGUGCCUCAUAUGAACAAAGAAAGACUCGAAAGAGAAAAUGAUCUCCCACUUCAAGUUCGUUGCUAUGUUGAUGUUGUUAAUCAAGCUUUAACUCUACUUCAACAGUGA